AUGGCUACAUCUCGAAGGAUCUACAACUCCCGCCAGUCUGUCGCCGCCGCAUCGCGCAAUUGGCUGCCUCGCCUGCGGCGCCUCUCCUCGUCUCCUCUCUUCAAUGCAUUCUGCCUGAUAUUUGGUGUGGCCGGUGUCAUCUUCGGCUGGGUCGCGACUUCAAACUCUCGGAUCUGGGGGGACAAGUGCCGGGACUUUGAGCCGACAUCCGUCACUGUUGCCUGGGAGAAGCGAGGACUGGGUGGCGGAGAGAGUGGGAACCUCGAUGCUGUUUUUCUGCCGCAGAGGCCCAAGAUUUUGGGAUUUGUGGGGAUCCAGACGGGGUUUAGUUCAACGGGAAGGCGCCGUUCCUUGAGGAAAACAUGGCUUCCUCCUGAUCGUGAAGGUCUUCGUCGGUUAGUCUCGUCAACGUUUCUCCUUGCCCUUUCUGCCCAAUCUUCUUCCUAAGCGAAAGUUUGGUGAAUACUGAUGAUAUAUUUUUCUCAAUUUUUUUCUCGUUGUUAUAUUCGGUCUUUCACUUCAGUACUAGUCAGAUUUCCCAAGGUGUCUCCGCUUCUAAUUAUCCAAAUUGAGUUUCAGCUUGGAAGAAACCACCGGCUUGGUUUUCAGGUUUGUCAUUGGCAGAACCAACGAUGCAGCCAAAAUGGCGGCUUUCAGGGAAGAGGUUAGAGAAUACGACGACUUUAUGCUCUUGGACAUUGAAGAGGAAUACAGCAAGCUCCCGUACAAAACGUGAGACUUUGAAACAUUUAUGUAGCCCAAAUCCUUGUCACAUUAUCUGGUCAGGUUUGACGGUGAAUUGUCGUCAUCUAGAUUAGCUUUCUUCAAGGCGGCAUAUCAGCUGUUUGAUGCAAAAUUCUACGUUAAGGCUGAUGAUGAUAUCUAUUUAAGGCCAGGUAUAUGAAUAUUUAAAGCCUGAGUUUCUCUGUUUCAUUUUUAAUUUUGUUUUAUGCUUUUGUGAGCUGACCAUUGAUGCGUCUCAUAUCUUAUCAGAUCGACUUUCUCAACUUUUGGCAAGGGAGCGUCCACACUCUCAGACCUACCUUGGAUGCAUGAAAAAGGGUCCGGUGUUCACUGAUCCCAAACAAAAAUGGUUGGUUUCAACCUCUUCCGAAGGCUGAUAUGACUGUUUUCCUCACUCAAAACUAAUAUUGUCUGUAUGCUGCCAUGAUUUUCAAUUGUGCUAAGUUUUCUACCACUGGUUUCCAUUUUUAGGUAUGAGCCUUUAUACCGUCUGCUUGGGACUGAAUACUUCCUCCAUGCCUAUGGACCUUUGUAUGCUCUUUCUUCAGACGUUGUUGCAAGUUUAGCUACUUUGAGAAACAACAGGCAAGUUUAAGAAGGUUUUCCUCUUUGUGGGUUCUCAUUCCAAAGAAUUUGACUCACAGUUGGCCGCAUUCCUCCUGUAUUUUAGCUGAAAGAAACUUCAUUGUUUCAUGGGUUUUGUGGAGUGGUUGAUUUGCCUUCAUGAAAUCCAAUUUGAAAUUAGACUCACAUUUUGGAUGCCCAUUUGGGCAGUAGUUUUUAAAAAACAGUAAAUAUGUGGGAAAAGUUUAACUUUACGUCCUGCAUAUGGUAUUAAAUCCUUAAUAUAUCUAAGCUGAGUAUAUUAAAUUGCGCGAUUUUAUUAAUAUCAUUGAUGAUACCCAAUUUUCCAUUGAUGGAACUUCAACUAUUUCAUAAUUGCAGUUUUCGAAUGUUUAGCAACGAGGAUGUUACCAUUGGAUCUUGGAUGCUUGCUAUGAAUGUUGAUCACGAGUAUGCUCGUGCCUUGUGUGAAACAGAAUGCACUUCUUCGUUCAUUGCUGUGUGGGAUAUACCCAAGUGUUCAGGUUGGUCUUGGAACCUUUUUUUUUGGGAGUUCUCUUUUCAGCAAUUUUCUAUUCAUUUCAUCCUAAUGCAUGUGUGGUUCAUUCCUAAAGAAGUCUGUCAUGACAGAACUAAGCCAGAGUAUUUAAUCCAAUCAAGAUUACAGAUUAGGGAAAAUUCAACAAAGAAAUUCACGUUUUUAUACUUGUAGCACAUGUUUUCAUGAGAGAGGUAAACCCAUGGGAUGCCAUCAUCCGCCUCAUCUUUUCAUCUGUUGCUAUCGUGAUGGCCUAGUGGUGGGUCAGGUGGAGGAAAAGUCCUUCUCUGCCUUUCCUUCUUUGUGAGGUUUCCCUAACACGGAAGCCAAGAUCCCCCCCUCCCAUUCUUCUGUUUCCUUGCUGUUGUCCACCUGGUUAAAUGCCCCAGAAUCUACUCGGAUCAGUAGAGAGGGGCCAUCUUGCAGCCAAACCCUGGUGUUGGAACGUUACCCUACCAUAGAGGAAGGCCCCACGAACAGAGAUAUCUCCAUCUCCGACUCCUCAGAAAACAAAAAUUGCCAUAGAAGAAGGCUCUGGGUUGUGCUUGUUGGGGUUGUUAGCACGAUCACAAAUGGUGGGUAGUCAACUUCUAUCUCAAAUGGAAAUGUCAGAUGAAUAAUUAAUUCUUGUAUAAUUGGGACUGCUAUUAGUGGAUGAUGAGCAGUGUAGCACUUAAGCCUUCUUAGCUGCAUACCCAUUUGGCAUCCGAGGAACCAUCUUCCACUGCAUCUCCUCCUCUCUUUAGCAUUGCCCAUUAUCAUUUUUCUUCAGGAUUUAUGAAUCUCAAGCUUUGUUCGCAUUCUAACAAAGACACCAAACUUGUAGGGCUCUGCAACCCCGAAGAGAAGCUUCUUCAGCUUCAUCAGAAGGCUGUCUGCUCCAGAAGUGUCGAUUCGGUUUAA